AAUCUGACCUGCAACCUUCUUUCUCGAGGCCUGCUCAUCCACCAUUCACUUUCCGUCCCUCUGAUAUGGUAUUCUUUGAUUCAAGUAUUAUUCCACCGAUAUGAAGAUCGCUUGUCUCCAGUUCGCCCCAGAGUUGGGCAAGGUCCAAGAGAAUAUCAAAAGAGCCGAGGAUAUACUCCUGCGGACACACAUUCCGGCGAAUUUGGAUUGGCUUGUCUUACCAGAACUAGCAUUCUCAGGCUACGACUUCCACUCCCUUGAAGAAAUAGCCCCCUUCCUGGAACCCACAACCUCAGGCAUCACCACACAAUGGGCGAUCCAAACCGCCGCACUCUACAAAUGCCACGUGACUGUCGGUUACCCUGAAAUCACGACCACGGACCCCAAAACGCAAUACAACUCGACCGUCACCGUCUCCCCAACUGGCGUCAUUCUAACCAACUACCGUAAAGCGUUUCUCUACUACACUGACGAAACAUGGGCCAUCGAAGGACCCUCUCGCAACUUUUUCUCCGGCCAGUUGGGCGGGUUGGGAAAUGUUACCCUUGGGAUUUGUAUGGAUAUCAAUCCAUAUAAGUUUACGGCCCCAUGGACAGAUUACGAGUUUGCGAAUACCGCGUUGCAGGCUGGGUCUCCACUUGUGUGUGUGAGUAUGGCGUGGUUGUGCCACUUGACUCCCGAAGAAUUGAUGCAGAAUCCUACUCAAGCGGAUUUCGCAACUGUGGCGUACUGGGUUGAGAGAUUUCAGCCUUUUGUCGAGAAGUCGAGAGAUGGGCAGCCUGUCGUAGUCGUGUUAGCAAAUCGAUGUGGAAUGGAGAAGGAGGUGUGCUAUGCUGGGAGUACUACUAUUCUUAAGAUCGAUGCUGGGGGAGUCAGUCUUUAUGAGACACUGGGCAAGUUGGAAGAGAAGUGUCUGGUUGUGGAUUUGAAUGAAAGGCCGAAAUUCCAGGUGAGAAGUGGGCGUUAGAGAUAUCCAAGCCAUGUGUGGAGAUU